AUGUGGCAGGGAUUAUUUGUUGACCAUGGAAAUGGAAUAAGACCUUUACCUGUUGAUUGUUUACUUUUCUUUUGGACGAUUGCUUCAUACCUUCGUGGUAUUCACUCUUUGUGUAUGUUAACUAAUGCUUAUACUCGUAAUUGGCAAAAAGAAACCUUUCAGGAACUGGGUUUUACUGUUUUAUGUUAUGGUGCCAUCGAUAGUAAAAGUGACUCAACAGAAACACCUGUACGUGAUAUAUACCUUCCAAGACCUGUAACACUUAAUUAUUAUCUUGCCAUAUGGUUACUCUUACCUACGGUGACCGUUUUUCCUUCGGCAGUUCUUUCAGGAAUUUAUAGAGAUCUUGGGAAUAAUGAAGCAGCAGAUCCUUAUUAUGGAAUUAAUUUUAUGUUAAUACUUCGAGGUUCAAUGAAAAACUUUAAUCGUAAAUCAACAAAUUAUCAUCAAACAAAGAAUGGUGCACGAGAAGCUCUUGAACGUCUUAAAUAUACUAUGAUAUAUCUUGCUGUUCUUCCCCUUAUUUCCGCUCCUGUAUGGGGAAUGUAUGGUAUCUACCGUUACAAAUUGAUUUCUUCAAUGAAUUUAUCAAAUGUUUUAUUGUCAUCUAUAUGGCAUAUGGCUGGACCUCAACCUUUAAUAGCUAUAUGUCAAUAUUUAUUAGCAAAACGUGUUUAUUUACAUUUCACUGGUAAACUCACUUCAUCACAAAAUGAAUCAGUAGGUUCACAAUCAAAUUUAACUCAAAAUAGACCUACUUUAGCUCGUUCACCUACUUCAAACACUUUUGGUGACUAUGCUACUAAUGAUAAUAGUCCUAAUUUAUCGGAAGAUUUUGUUAUAGAUUUAAAACCUAUUCGAAAUGAUUUCAGUGAUAAUAAUUUAUUAGGUGCUGAUUUGGCUGUAAGUGUCCCUGCACCAGCUUAUGGAUCAGAACAUGACUUAGAACGACGAUCUUAA